AUGCCUGGCAGCUACGUGAAAAAAGACUGGUGCAUCACCGACAGUAUCAGACCCGCGGUGUGCUUCACCACAGCUGUAUUCUGUGCACUCUACAUCCUCUCCUUCCCACCGCCCACGCGCUUCUAUCGCAAGCUCUCCAUCCUCGCCCUCGCCCUACCAACAUGGUAUGCAUUCCGGUAUUCGGACAACUUAACACCUAAUUACGUCAUAGACGACACAUUCGCACGCACAUGUCUGAUAUGGUUCGCGCACAUGAGCUACGAAGUCUGUGUCAUGGAAUUCGCGCCCGUACUCACACGAGAGAAGCGAGAUACGGGAGACUGGGAGCAGAGGAAAGAGAGAGUCAGACAAGGAUACAAGGUGCUCUUCGAUCGCAAUCACACGCAGGUGCUCGAGCAGCCGGGGCAGAACGUAACGAGAGCACCCCAUGAUGCUGUUUCGGUGGCGAAGGAGGAGCCAAGCGAAGAGAAAUACACGGUGACUGACAAGAAGACCGACGAACCCGUCUUGCCACGCGCUCGCGUUCAGCACGGCGUUGCGCUACCGAUGGGUCACCGCCACGGCUACUCGCGCUGCGAAUUCGUCGGCUAUCACAUACUCAAAGGACUUUUCUACUAUGGCGCCCAAUGCGCCUUCUCCACCUACGAAGAACAGUACUCACCAUCGAAUCUAGACCCUGCCACAUACAUGACGCCGGCGCUUCUAUCCUUCUUCCACCGCCUUCCGAUACUCCAAGACAGAAGGGAGGUAUUCUGGCGGCUCGAGUACACGUUCGACUGGUGCCUUGCAUCCAUGUGGCUUUACGAGAGCUAUCACAGUAUGUUUGCCGUCGUUUGGAUUGGUUCGGGCCUCGACGGAGCAGAAGAGUGGUCCAAGGGUCUCUUUGGUCCGUUGAGCGCCGCGUGGUCAGUCAGAAGAUACUGGGCAAAGCACUGGCACAACUAUGUCUAUCACUCCUUCUCGGGCCAUAUCAAGUGUGUAACGAGGGGCUGGCUUAGCAUGAAGCGCGGCGCAGUCUCAACCCGAUUGAUAGAAAACACGCUCGUCUUCCUGGCAUCCGGACUCAUGCAUGCGCUCGUUCGAUGGCAACAGACCCCCCUAGGCGAUCACUGGGGUAUUGCCUGUUGGUACGUCGGACAAAUGCUACCUAUCAUCAUUGAGAUGGUCGUGGCGCAUCAGUGGAGGAUAGUGCGGAAGUGGCUAGGAUUUGGCACAGAUUCCAAGUGGUUGAACCGCUUCGAGUAUGCGGUUGGAUACUCGUGGGUCAUUGCCUGGUUCCUUUACAGUGUGCCCCUGUAUUACGAGACGAGGAUCGCAUGGACGAAUGCAAUCAUACGGAAGAGAAUUAUGGCUGAAAUCGCUGCGGAUGGAUAUAUCAAUAAGACGGGAUCGAGCUGAUAUGGGGGGAUGCACACCGUUCGAUUCGUAUGCAGCAAAAGCUGAAAUGGUACACGGCGACGUUGACCGAUCGAGG